CAUUGCUUGGACACGAUGCAACUCGGGCUCCUGUUUGUGCUCUUGUUUUUUUCCCAGCGGGCAGCUCCCGAAAACGUACUGAUUUGGCCGGCGGAGGGAAGCCACUGGAUCAAUGUAAAAUUUAUUAUCAAUGAACUGAUCGCCCGGGGUCACAAUGUCACGGUGGCUGUACAUUCAGCUUCACUUUUCGUCAACUACUCCGAGCCCCCACCCUUACGGUUUGAAGUAUUUCAGGUGCCGUUUACCACAGAGGAUUACGAAGCCCGUUUGAAUGAUAUCAUAGAAUUCUUUUUAAACGAGAAGCCUUUCCUGUCCCACUGGGCUGCCUACAGAAAAUUUUCAAAGAUCAUGGAAAGUCAGAUGAAAACGGUGCGAGGGGUCUGUGACGGGGUAUUAAAGAAUGACAAACUGAUGCAGAGGCUGCGGGAGUCUGCGUUCAAAGUGUUGUUGAGUGAUCCUGUCUAUUUCUGUGGGGAUCUUCUGGCUGUGAAGCUCGGCAUUCCUUUCAUCUUCACUCUGAGAUUUUCCCCGGGGUUUGCGGUGGAGAGACACUGCGGGCAGAUGCCUGCUCCUCCUUCCUACGUACCGACUUUUUUGUCGGAGUUUUCAGAUAAGAUGUCUUUUCCGGAGAGAGUUCAGAAUGUGUUUUACACAUUUAUGUACAAGUGGAUGACUGAUGAAAUGUGGUCCUAUUCGAAUUCGUAUUACAGUAGAGCAGUGGAUGGAAGCCACUGGAUCAAUGUAAAAUUUAUUAUCAAUGAACUGAUCGCCCGGGGUCACAAUGUCACGGUGGCUGUACAUUCAGCUGCACUUUUCGUCAACUACUCCGAGCCCCCACCCUUACGGUUUGAAGUAUUUCAAGUGCCGUUUACUAGCGACAAAUUGAGAAACUUCCUAACGAUCUUUUUGGACUUCCUGGUGCAUGAAAGGCCUCAUUUAUCCCGUUGGAAUGAAUACAAAAGAUUCUCAGCAUUGGUGGAAAUUGGGUCAGAACUUGGCAGAGGGAUCUGCGAUGGGGUGUUAAAGAAUGAAGCACUGAUGCAGAAGUUACGGGAGUCAGAGUUCAAAGUGCUGUUGUCUGAUCCGGUGCGUCGGUGUGGGGAUCUUCCGGCCGUGAAGCUCGGCAUUCCCUUCAUCUUCAGUCUGAGAUUUUCCCCGGCGUUUGUGAUGGAGAGCUGCGGGCAGCUGCCUGCUCCUCCUUCCUACGUACCGACUUCUCUGUCAGAGUUUUCAGAUAAGAUGUCUUUUCCGGAGAGAGUUCAGAAUGUACUUUACACAUUUAUCUACCAGUGGAUAGUUAAACAACUGCGGCAGGAUUUGGAUUCGUAUUACAGUGAAGUUGGAAGUGAAUCAACAACUUUGUGUGAGAUAAUGGGCAAGGCAGAGAUUUGGCUGAUUCGAACAUAUUGGGAUUUUGAAUUUCCUCGUCCACUGCUGCCCAACUUUGUGUUUGUAGGAGGGCUUCACUGUCGGCCAGCAAAUCCCCUGCCUCAGGAGAUGGAAGAAUUUGUUCAGAGCUCAGGGGAGCAUGGGAUUGUGAUAUUUUCCCUGGGCUCCUUCGUAAAGAACCUUACUGAUGAAAAAGCCAAUUUAUUUGCUGAAGCACUUGGGCAAAUUCCACAAAAGGUUAUUUGGAGAUACGCUGGGAAAAAACCAAGGGCACUGGCAUCUAAUACAAAGUUGUAUGAUUGGCUUCCUCAAAAUGACUUACUUGGGCAUCCCAAGACCAGAGCUUUCAUCACUCAUGGUGGUACCAACGGGAUAUACGAAGCUAUCUAUCAUGGCGUACCCCUGGUUGGUAUUCCUCUGUUUGCCGAUCAGCCUGAUAACUUGGCUCACAUGAAAGUAAAGGGGAUUGCUGUGGUCCUUAAUUUUGCCACAUUACGUGCACAGGAUUUGGUUGAUGCUCUUAACGCUGUGAUCAAUGGAACAAGAUACAAAGAAAAUGCAAUGAAGUUAUCUAGAAUUCAUCAUGACCAACAAUUAACUCCAUUGGAAAGGUCUGUGUACUGGAUUGAGUUUGUAAUGCGACAUGGAGGAGCGAAGCAUUUGCGGCCUGCAGCACAUUCUCUGUCAUGGUAUCAAUAUCAUUGCCUGGAUGUGGUAGCAUUGCUUGCUACCUGUUUAGCAGCAUUCAUAUUCCUCCUCACAAAAUGUUGUUUGUACUGCUGCAGAACCUGGAAACUUAUGAAGGUACAGAAAAAUAAAACUCAAUAAUGGUUAAAAAUGCAUAGAAUCACACUGAACAUUAUAACAUGAUGAUAAUGUUGGAAUUUCAAUGAUUAUACUUUUAAACCAUACUCUGAGAAAAUUUAUCAAGAAAUGGAGAACUUGCAUAUCAUAAUUAUGCUUAUUACCAGUGUUUUGACUUGUACAAUUGCCAAAUUAUGCAACAUCAAGCUAAGCUUAUUUUCAUUAAUAAUUAUUCUUGUGAUCUGAGUCACUAACAAAGACUAUUUCUGUUGGGGGAUGUUUCUUAGCGUGGGUGAGUCUAGGACCAGAGAGCACAGCUUCAGAAGGACAUCCACUUAGAACAGAGAUGAGGAGGAAUUUCUUUAGUCAAAGGGUGGUGAAUCUGUGGAAUAUAUUGCAACAGAUAGCUGUAGAGGCCAAAUCAUUGAGUAUAUUUAAAGCAGAGAUUGAUAGGUUCUUGAUUAACACUAGAACACUACAGCACAGUACAGGUCCUUCAGCCCUCAAUGUUGUGCCAACCCAUAUAUUCCUUACAAAAAGUACUAAAACCACACUACUCUGUAACCCUCUAUUUUUCUUUCAUCCAUGUGCCUGUCCAAGAGGCUGUUAAAUACCCCUAAUGUUUUAGCCUCCACCAGCAUCCCUGCCAAGUCAAUCCAGGCACUUACAACCCUCUGUGUAAAAAAACUUACCCCUGAUGUCUCCCCUAAACUUCCCUCCCUUAACUUUGUAUAUGUGUCCUCUGGUGUUUGCUAUUCAUGCUCUGGGAAACAGGUACCGGCUAUCCACCCUAUCUAUGCCUCUCAUAAUCUUGUAGACCUCUAUCAAGUCCCCUCUCAUCCUUCCCCAGAAGAGAUCCCAAUAAUCCAGAAAUUUGAACCCCUGCCCCCUGCACCAACUCUUCAGCCACGCAUUCAUCUGCCAUGACUUCCUAUUCCUACCCUUUUUGUCUCGUCGCGCAGGCAGCAAUCCCGACAUUACCAUCCUUGAGGUCCUGCUUUUGAACUUCUUUCCUAACUCCCUAUAUUGCUUCUUCAGGACUUCAUCCCUGCUCCUAUCUAUGUCAUUGGUCUCCACGUGGACCAUGACAUCUGCCUGCUCACCCUCUCUCCUGAGAAUACCGAGAACCCGAUCCGUGAUAUCGCGGACCCUGGCACCAGGGAGGCAAUAGACCAUCCAGGAUUCUCGACCUCUCUCACAGAACCUUUUAUCUGUUCCCCCUAACUAUUGAAUCCCCUAUCACUGCUGCUUUCCUCUUUUCCCUCCUUCCUUUCUGAGCUGGUGCCAGAGAUGUGACCACUACAACUUGUCCCUGGUAGGUCGUCCCCACCAACAGUAUCCAAAACAGUAUACCUAUUAUUGAUGGGAAUGGCCACGGGGUGCUCUGCUCUUUCUGUCUGUUUUCCUUCCCUCUCCUAAUAGUCACCUGGUUACCUGUCUCCUGACUUAUAGGUGUGACUGUCUCCCUGAAUCUCUGAUCUAGUACUGCCUCUGCCUCUUGAAUGAUCCAAAUUAGUCAUCAGAAACAAUUGUGCUGUCCCUGACUUCCCACAUCCUAUAAUCAGAGCACUGAGCUGCCCUAUCUACUGCCUCCAUUACCAUCUCCUAAGUUAAUUAAAUUAAUUAAAGAAACUUACCUGGCCUUACCUCACUGGGAGCAAGCUCGUCCUCCACCUCUUCUCGCCAAAGCCUCAAAGCUCCACUCCUUCACUGGCCCACUCACUCACUGGCCACUCAGCUUGAGCUACCCCUCUUAUUUGUUUGAGCUUUUCAAUUUUUAAUUGCUCAAUUAACUGCUUUCUGCUGAGUCUGAGCUAUUUAAAUUUUGAUUGACUUGAUUGCACAAGCCAACUGCCAAAACUGACAAAACCUCUCGAGCCAAAGCCUCAAAGCUCUAUUCCUUCACUGGCCCACUCACUCACUGGUCGCUAGUCAGGGUGUCAAAGGUUACUGGGAGAAAUCAGGAGAAUGGUUUUGAGAGGGAUAAUUAAUCAGCCACGAUGGAAUGGGCAAGCAGGCUCGGUGAGAUAAAUGGCCUAAUCCUGUUCCUAACAGCUUAAGUUUUAUGGUCGAAGAUGUUUUGAUCUCGAAUCAAGGGUGAAACAGCUGUCAUUUGGAAAUCUUAAAGCAAGUCAACAUGGUUUAUGAAUGGUUAAUUAUAUUUGACAUAUUUGCUACAGCAACAAUCAGUUUCAAUAAAGGGGAAUAUGCUGAUGGAUUGUAUGUAGAUCUUCAGAAGGUAUUUGAUGAGGUGUCAUGAAAGGCCUGUGUACAAGGUAAAAUCUCAUGGAACUAGUGAGGUAGUCUGAUCAUGGAUUAACAAUUGUUACUGCAUAAAAGACAGAUUUCAAAUAAACAGAUCUUUUCAGGCUAAUUUGUAAUUGGUUUAUUAUCAUUAUGUGAAUAUUCUGGAAGGAACAGGAAAUGAAAGGAGAUAAA